UGUUCCUGAGUUUAAAAGCUUAUUUUCUAGAUUCUUGUUCCAAAAUAUACCAUGCAAAUGAAUAUACUGUGAGCUGUUGUUAUUUGUUUUGACUGAAAGUACAAAUUCAAGAGAAUAUAUGGAAUAAACAUGUACACGAUCGGUUCAAUUCUGUUGCUGACGAUUUGUCUCAGUCAGGUCGUCGACAGUGGAGUACUAUCAACAACUUCUCCGCCACCUGAUUCAGAUAUUGAUGAUAGCUGGAAAGUAAUAAAACACUGGCCUGAUGGUGUUAUUCCAUAUGACCUAACAGACACGAUGUACGAUCGAUUGGAAAGAGGUCUUAUAUUAUCUGCAAUGAGGAGAUGGGAAUAUAAAACAUGUGUUAAAUUUAUACCUUGGACGUCGGAACUCGGCAAUGAACAGGGAGCGGAAAGAUAUAUUCGCUUUUUUAGUGCUGGAAACUGUUUUUCAAGAAUGGGGAUGCAAGAUGAACAGCCACAAUUAUUUGGCAUUGGAAAAGGCUGUUUAAAGAUGUCAACUAUUCUACAUGAGUUGGGUCACACAAUCGGUCUGGUUCACGAAAUGGAACGUCCUGACAGAGAUUAUUAUAUCGACAUUCACCGAGAAAACAUGAAUGAAGAUUCAAGAAGGAAUUUCGAAACUACUGAUUCAAAGAAAACGACAUAUAAUCUGUAUAAAACGCCAUAUGAUUAUAAAAGUAUCAUGCACUAUGGACCAAAGGCAUGGUCAAAGAACAAGCAAGUUGUUUUAGUAACAAAAGACCCUGCCUACCAGCACGUUAUUGGAAAGGCAAAUGACAUCAGCUUUUUUGACGCACUCUAUGUUAACAGGGCAUAUAACUGUUCAAAGCGAUGUUCUGGCACUUUAUUGGGCAUAUGCCAGAAUAGUGGUUUCCUGGGAGGUCCAGACUGCAAGUGUUUGUGUCAGGACGGUUACGCCGGUGAGUUCUGUGAGACCGCAUUACCUGGGUUCGAGCAUAUAAUUGAAUGGAAGUGUCAAAAAGAUUGGGUUUUCCACGGAGGAAAAUGUUACCUGUUCAGUACAAAGGAAGACAGUACAGAUUUCUUCCGAUCUAAGGCAUCAUGUAUACGUAAGAAUGCAACCCUCGUUAUGUUCAAAGAUCGAUCAGAGUUGGAAUGGCUGAACUAUAUGAUACAGGAAGUGAAGUUAGUGUCAGACACGUCGUUCUUUUGGGUUGGUAUGAGCAGAGAAGUGGGUUCAUCUGCUGUGAAAUGGGUUGAUGGUACACUGGUAGAUACAAACCUUGUUUCUCUCAGUGAUAAAGUAGAGUUGCAUGAACCAAGCUGUGCACUAUUUGAUGGAGAGACCGUGUUAUUACAAAACUGUUCAUCUGGCAACGAAAGUGGAUAUAUUUGUAAAAAAGAUUUCGAUUCUACAUGUGGUGGAAGGUUUUUUAUCUCACGUACAUCACAAACAGUCAUUCAGAGUCCAGGGUUUCCAGACAGGUAUCCAGAAGACAUCAAAUGCACGUAUGUGUUGCAGACAAAGAAAGAAGCCAGAAUCAACAUUACUUUUGUGAAAUUUCAACUGGAUAGAAAUGAUAAAGACUACAUUGAUGUUCUUUUACAGAAUAACGUCACUCUUCAAGGAGAAAGGUAUUCUGGAGAAUCAUUAAAUCGAAGAUCGCUGGAAACCUCAGGAAACCUUGCAACUGUGACCUUUAAAACAAACGGGCGUGGUUCUGGAAAUGGUUUUAAAGCAGUCAUCACUGAGGUCAAUUCAGCGGUAGCUCCAACUGUACCUUCUUUGCCAUUUCUCGAUGCAAUCAGGAAAACAAAAUGUAUGGAAGGGGAGGGAACUACUCCAGUUACUAGUCAACAGUCACGAUGGAGUUUGUCUGAAUUGUUCAAUAUUUUUAAAUCCAUGACAUUUUCGAAGAUUCUUUAAAAGCUCAAUGUGAUUGUUUGUCAUUCACUUAUGACAACCCGUAUGAUAGAUAGAGAUCUAUUUCGUAAAGUUUAAAUUUUUUUAUCUAGAUAGUUUAAUCAUUAUUGCCUAAAUUGCAAAGUCAUAACAAAAUUAAGUUAGCUGAAAAAUUAUCAACUUAGACUUAAGUGAACAAAUGAACCAAAAGAAAAUGAAUAUAAACAAGAACAUUUUUUCAAUAAGAAACAAUCUAGUUUCACGUCACCUGCUGGGAGAGACACAUACUUGGAUUUUUACACAGAAGCCGUGAUUUAAGAGGUUCUUAAGGUUGGAUUAAAACGGAGAAACUGUACGAAUAUUUCACAACCUGAAUGCAAAUCAUUGAAAUGUUUAUCCACUGAUGAAAGCAUGGUGAUAAAUAAGUACUUUUAUAGUGAUAAUUAACAAGGAAGAUUAUACAUUGCAGAGGUGAAUAGGCAACUUUAUACUCAACAAUAUUAUACUAAACUCAAUCAUGACCCUUCAUCUUCAAUUCAUGGCAAUAUUUGAAAAUGCAUUGAUGAAUUAGGUAACGAAAGUGGAAAUAUUUUGGACAUUUUCCCGGAAGACGUGCCCUGGCUUUUAUAUCCACCCUUAAAUUAUGUAGAUAAGACAUUCCCGGCCAACUCUGAUAGCAGUAUAGUUUGAUGAAUUAUGUCAGUAUCUUACAGAUAAGAACUUGUAAUUGUAUAACACUCUGUCAAACCAGGUCUACAAUGUGCACCUUUAAAAAUCUGUUUUCAUUGCAAGCUUUGAAUUUCUGUUUGUUUGUUUUUUCAAAUGAUGUUUUUAGUGUUUAAGAUAUAUCAAAUUCAAUUUAGUAUAUACCUGUACAAUCAUAUUUGUUAACAUUUAAUGCAUGCAUCUCAAGAACAAUUACGUCCUAACAAAAAAACUAUCGCAUUCAGAGUGUGAUCCUGAUUGAUAUUGCUAGCAUUAUGCUAUUUGUAGGUUAUGGUUGAAUAUAUAGUUUUAAUUCAACAAGGUAUAUAUUUAUAUGUGUUGAUUCCAUAUCUUGAUCUUGUACUUGAAUUUGGCUCUUAUCGAAACGAGUUGCUAUUGGCGCUACCGCUCCUCGUUGGAUAUUUUCCUGGAAAUGUCCACUCGAGUAAAUAUACAUCUUCCAAAUCAAGAUAAUAUGAAAAUCCUGCGCCAAACAUACAAAAUACUGAUCAAUGUCAUAGGUUAUACAUGUAGACAUUUUAGAAGCUUUAUAUUUUUAUUGUUUUGUAGAACAUUUACUUUUUAGGUUUCUGUACACCUAACAAGCACACGAUGAGUGCAAAUAAAAGACACAUUAAAUAUCUUUUUGUAACGAGCGGAGGUCUAGUUUACUGCUACAAAUCAUUUUUUAUUUAUAGUAAGUCACCUGUCAAUUUUACAUGUUACAUUUUGAACACAAUUCGAACAUUUGUACGUUUGUUUCGAUACCAAGAUUUCGAACUAGCUUAAUUAAUCGAUAUUGACACUAUUAUACUUAUGAAUAUGCAAAGCCUUUUACGUCUUUAAAACAAAAUAUGACGCCAGUACUGGUUAGCUCCAGGCAGCGGACUCGGAAGUGAUUAAUGUAAGUUGCAAGAACUUGUUUGUCUAUCGAGCUCAAAUAAAUAUGUUUUAUUAAAACAAAAUAUCAAACAAUAACAAAUAGCUAUUUUUUUGCAACAGCACCUCAUCUAGACACUUCAGACUAUUUUAACGACCUGGACAUUAUUUAAGUUUUAUCAAACUAAGCAGUGCAUCAUAUACAGUACAGAAAACUUCGGUGCAUUUAAAUAGAAAUAUACUUUCGUAUCGUGUUGUCUAUAAUAUGUUGUUGUAAAGUUAAUAUCCUUUAUUAUAACUAUUUAAUGUUUUACAAUUCUGAAUAGUUUCAGUAUAAAUUAUGAAACCAGUUGAAACUUUUUUAAAACUUCCAUCAUUUUAACGAAUUCACUUUAAGGUUAGUUUAAAACACAGAUUUAAAGUAAAGUCACGACAGCGUUAGCUGUACAUUUGUAAGGGUAAUAACUCUUUGAAACAAUUAUAAAGUUAGAAAAUAUUAUUUAUGAUUUAGAUUCUUUGAUAUUGUCAAUUGUGCAAAAGUAAUUUAUUCUGUACUGCAGUGAUAUUAAAAUGUAUUCAGUAAGAAUUAUUAUAGUUAGAAUUUUCCUGGGCGGGAAUGCGAUUGUGAUUACGCUGUCCCGUAAAAUAUGGCUAUGAGUGAUAUUUGGUUUCAACUCUUCAGUAGUGUUUUUUCUGCGGAUCGUCCCCCUUAGUUUCUUAAAUUAUUGUAUUGACACUUGUUGUUUACCUGCAUGUUUGUACCGUCAAUGGUAAGUAUCCCCUUCUCCUAGUUUUUUUACACUGUGUCCCUCCCAUACUCUGGACCCUUCACCUACACCCUUAACCCUGUGUUAACCUUAACCCUGUGUUAACCUAUAGAUAAGUUACCUUCAGUAAUGUUUUAUUUUUGUUUUUUCUUCCUUUUAUCUUGCCGUUGUUGUUGGUUUUGCAUGUCUGUUGUUGUGUUUUGUCACUGCUUGUCUCCUUGCCGAGGGUCCUGCGUUGCUGGUUUGUGAUGCAUAAGGGAUGCAUGUAUUAAAUGUUUGCCCUU